GGGUAUAUCAUUCAUAAGUCAGGUUCCGCAGCCGGCGGUCCGCGAUCGCUCCUUCCCGAAGCUUCAGCUCCUGCUUCCUGCGCACCUAGUUCUGCGCAAGUUGCCCAGCUCCGACUGUCAGUUGUUGUCUAAGUCCCGGUGUGAACGAACGCUUCGCAGAAUUUCUACCAGUGUUUUGUUGUGAACAAACGCGAUAAAUGUACUAAGAAACUCCUGCCACUAUGGGCCUUAAAUGGCUAUUUGUGGUGGCGUGCACGCUUGCAUGCGUGAGCGCCGAUCGCGGUGGAUCGUCGCUGCGAGGCGCGCUUGAAGCGCUGCAGCGUCGCCAGCGCGGCCGCAUGCAUGGACCUAUCCUACCACAACCCGACUAUGAUGCCCUCUACGAAUUUGUACCACCGCAAGGAUACCCUGAACCUGAUUACGCUGUUGAUGUCGAGGACAUUGACGAGGAACCCAACCCAAAAUACAUCGUGAAACUUCUAGAUGACAACGAAAGGCCACCUGAAGCUUACGAAUACAAACUAAUAAAGAAAAAGAACACGGCCAAUGCUGCUGCUAAGAAGGAAUCAGCGUUUCGGGAAAGGAGUCAUCACUCCGAUAAUGACCGACUUCGUGAAUUAUUCAUGGACAAAAAUGAAGGAGAGGACAAGAAGGAACUUGAUGAUGCCCCUGACAAUGAUGCUGAGUAUGCACUACUCCUGGGACAACUUUGGUCAAAGUACAAAUACAACAAAGAACACGCUAACAAUGUUGAAACUGCACCUCAAGGAGUUGUAAAACUUUACAAAGAGAAAAUUGUCAAGAAGCGAUAUCCAGAUAAUUGGGGCCCUAUUGCUUUUAAAAGGAAGCGCAGUUCCGAUCCUGACUCCGACAGGCCGAUAGUAUUUGAUUAUGAAGGCCGGAAAAGCAGUCCAGGGCCAGUAGUAGAUCCUAACUACAACGCGUAUGAUGUUUCUGAUGAUGAUAAAGAUGACCUUCGUGAAGAAUACGCCAUCGCGUUCCAGCCACUUGAUGAUGACAGCUUGUCUGAUUUAGCGGAUGAAGAUCAAUACACUUAUGACGCAGUUGAGAAGCGAUUCCCAGUUACAAAACGUAGUAGCGGGUCUUACAAUCUCAAUACUCAAAAGAAAAGGUUCGCCCAAAACCAAAAUAAACGUGAUACUGCUAAGUCAUUCCGAAGCAGCGCCGGAACUGAUCCCAAACUUAUAAAGGAUCUUUCAAAAAUUUUCGGUGACUCUGAAAUUGAAAUUAUCAAAAACCCAGUGAAACGUAAUGCUGAUCAUGACGAGCACGAGCAUGAAGUAAAGCCGCCAAUGCUAACGCCUGUUCAUAAUUUGACUCAUGAACAUAACACUACCGCUGUACACGAUGAUAAUAGCCACGAGCAUCAUGGCCACAGUAUUCAUCAUCCCGGAAUUUCGGGCAAAGAAGUAGAACAUUCUCAUGAAACACAUGAACAUACUCAGGGACACAACCAUGGCCACGACCAUGAUCAUGAUCACGUUGAAGAACAUAAACCGAGUGACCAAGACAAGCCACUUAACAUCCGAAAGAAAUCCAUCGAUUGGUCCGAUUACUUCGGCAUUGACAAACGUAUUAACAAACAAGUCUCUUUUGUAAAUGGUUUAACUCAGGACAGACUAAGGAAGCAGUACUUUGAUACCUUUAACAAAGAAGUAAUUUACCCUGUGAACUCAUUUCGUAAGCAUAGCAACGUUAAAAGGAAUUAUGUCGAAACAAAGCCCAACGAAGAAACUGAAAUUCAAAUAGAUAGAGCUCAUCUUGCUGUUAAAAAUGACGACAAGAGGAGUGCUACUGACAAUGAUUCUAAACUCGACAAUAUCGAUAAGAAAUUGCGAAACAUGGAAGGACUGAUUGUGGAUGAAGCUCUACAUUACUCAAAUGUUGGAGAAGAACUCGAUUCUAAGGAGGAGCAGGAGAUGAAGGAAAAGCUGCUGUCUCGUUUAGCUGCUGCAUAUAGCUUGGAAAAGAUGAGGAAGGCAUUGAAAGAAUUCAAGCAGAGUCUGCAAAUCCAAAAGACCAAAUCUAACACAGCACCGUCUCCAAUUCCCACUGAUGAGGCUAAGGCCAAGCGCGUAGCAGUAAAGAAAGAGAAGGUGGAACUAAUGACCAAUGACAUUCCUGGCUUUGAGAAGAAUAAUGACUUUGAAGACGAACAAGGAGCUGGUCAUUACUUGAACGGAAAAAUUGAGGAGCAAUUCUCUGAAGGUUACAUGGGCGGUAGCGGACGACACCGCAACCCGGUUUUAGCCACAGUUGCUGCAUCUGGGGCCUGUCCUGUUCUUGCCAAAAUUGUACAACGUUGCCGAGGAGUUGACUUGCUGGCUGGGGACCGCGGCCAACUGUUCCUACCGUUAUGCAGCUUACACCAAAUCUGCUAUCUUUGUGGAGAGGCUCCACCAACGACCUGCGACCUGGUAUUCCUUUCUGAAGCCGACACAACUUGCGAGGGAGACAUGAGUUGCCAGCGAGCUGCCCGCUCUGCGCUGAUGGCUCUGCGUGAACUCCACGACAACCUGGCUGACGAGCUCGACGGAGAGUGCGAGGCCAGCCCCUGCCUGCCGGCCACCCUCAAGCUCAACCUGGGCUGGCAGCGCGCCUUCCAGCGAUGUAACUUUAAAAAAAACGGUAAACAAUUCAAAAUGGCGGACACGGGACAAGAAAAUAAAGGGGUUGAUAAUCCUGGAGCUACUACAGACGAUGGGACACCUGCGAGACCAGACUUAGUUAUCAGUGUACAGCCAAUGCAAGGAACAGCUCGUGCCCAGUUACCUGUGUCCACCGUGGACUGGCGUACGAACAGCCGAGGCCAGUUCAUCCCCAUACAUGGACUGGAGUUCCUCAUUGGCGUCUCCAGCCUACUCAUCCAACAAACAGUGGAACUGAAUGAUCUGACAUCAAAAAUCGAGUCAGAGAACAGAUACAUAGUACGAGUGCCCAAUGGCGAAGCUCUAUACAUAGCGAGUGAGACCUCAAGCUCCACACAGCGCUGCCUCUGUGGGACAGGACGAGCCUUCACUCUCCAUCUACACGACAACACCAGGCAGGAAGCCAUGGUCUUCAGAAGACGACUGGCUGCAGCAUCGUGUUGCUUCCCUUGCAGAUUGCAGGAAAUAAAAGUGGUGACACCACCAGGAGACUACGUGGGUCGUGUCGAACAACAGUGUACUUGGAUGAUACCGUUCUUCAAGGUUAAGGAUGCCAACGAGCAGGUGCUGUUCGCCAUCGAAGGACCAGAUGUGCUGCUGAGGAGUGCUCUCAUAAUAUCCGAGUUCAGGAUAAUGACAAGUGACUGCCUACGACAGGUGGGCAGGAUAGCCCACGGCUGGGAUAGAGACCUGAACAGCUUCACCACCACGCUGCAAGUACCUGACGCUGCUGUGCAGCCGAAACACAAGGCUUUACUGCUGGCUGCUGCCUUUCUUUUGGAAUACACGUACUUCGAAAGGUCUAAAACGAGUUGUUGCAGAUUUAAUUGUUGUUAGAUUUAAAUAUAAGAUUUUUUAAGAUUUAGAUAUUAUUUAUAUGUUAUUGUAUAGCUUAAAAUACUGUUAUGCCUAUUUUUUAUUAAAAUUACUAUUGUAAAGUUA